UUUGGGAGUCAUCCGCGAAGAAAAGCAAUCAUUGUUAUCAAAGUAUCUGUCAGUGUGGAUUGGAUCGGAUUGGAUUGGCUGUGUGCAGUGCAGUUAGGGUCACUUUCCCAUCCGUCAUUUUCUUGUCUUGGGUCGUUGCCGAUCCCGUUGCCGUGCCCGUCCGUAUCUUGUCGUCCCAUAUCCGUAUCUAUCCAUUCACGAGUCACAACCUUUUCCUUUUCUAACCAUUUCAGUCAACAACAAUAACGACAAAAACUCCAGUAAAUAGUUGGCCAACACACGUCAUGUCGAGCUUCCAGAGCACAGCUGCUGUGCGCGCCUGCGCCCGCCGGGCGGCUUCUACCACCUCCGCCGCGACUCUGACCUCGACGACAUGCCGCGCCGCCGCUUCCCGGAUACAGUUGCAAGGACAGAGGAGCGCGGGGUUGGCGCCCAAGAGCUGGAGGAGGUUCGCCUCGUCGUCGAUUGCCAAUGACAACCAGCAAAAGAUGCUCGCCUCCCACUUGCAGACGGCCGAUCCCGUCAUGUACGAUAUUAUCGAAAAGGAGAAGCAGAGACAAAAGCAGUUCAUCAACCUUAUCCCUUCCGAGAACUUCACAUCCCAGGCCGUCCUCGAUGCUCUAGGAAGCCCCAUGCAGAACAAGUACUCUGAAGGCUAUCCUGGAGCGCGUUAUUACGGCGGUAACGAGUUCAUCGAUGCCUCCGAAAGGCUAUGCCAGGACAGAGCUCUCGAGACCUUUGGCUUGGAUCCCAAGGAAUGGGGUGUCAACGUACAAGCACUCUCUGGUGCUCCUGCGAACCUCUACGUCUACUCGGCCCUCAUGGACACCCACGACCGCUUGAUGGGCCUCGAUCUCCCCCACGGCGGCCAUCUUUCGCACGGUUACCAGACUCCCACCAAGAAGAUCUCCUUCAUCUCCAAGUACUUCGAGACCCUUCCCUACCGUCUCGAUGAGAAGACCGGCUACAUCGACUACAACAAGCUCGAGGAGCUCGCUAUCACCUACCGCCCCAAGAUCAUCGUCGCCGGCGCCUCCGCCUACAGCCGCCUGAUCGACUACGCCCGCCUUCGCGAGAUCUGCGACAAGGUCAACGCCUACCUCAUGGCCGACAUGGCCCACAUCUCCGGUCUCGUCGCCGCCAAGGUCCUGCCCGGCCCCUUCACCCACGCCGACAUCGUCACCACCACCAGCCACAAGUCCCUCCGCGGCCCUCGCGGCGCCAUGAUCUUCUUCCGCCGCGGCGUCCGCCGCACCAACAAGAAGGGCGAGCCGGAGCUAUACAACCUCGAGAACCCCAUCAACGCGUCCGUCUUCCCCGGCCACCAGGGCGGUCCCCACAACCACACCAUCGCCGCCCUCGCCGUCGCCCUUAAGCAGGCCCAGACGCCCGAGUUCCGCGCCUACCAGAGCCAGGUCCUCGCCAACGCCAAGGCGCUCGCCACCCGCCUCGGCGAGCCCAAGGAGAAGAACGGUCUGGGGUACACCAUCGUCAGCGGCGGCACCGAUAACCAUCUCGUCCUGAUCGACCUCAAGCCGCAGGGCAUCGACGGCAGCCGCGUCGAGCGCGUUCUCGAACUCGUCGGCGUCGCCUCCAACAAGAAUACCGUCCCGGGCGACAAGUCCGCGCUUACCCCGGGCGGUCUGCGCAUCGGCACGCCCGCUAUGACCACCCGCGGGUUCACGGAGGAGGACUUCCAGCGCGUGGCGGACAUUAUCGACCGCGCUGUGACCAUUGCCGUGCGCGUCAACAAGGCGGCGAAGGAGGAUGCCGUCAAGAAGGGUAACGAGAAGGCGGCGAACCGCAUCAAGACUUUUAUGGACUACUUGGGUAAUGGCGAGACGGACCCGGAGAUUGUCCAGUUGCGGAGCGAGGUGGAGAGUUGGGUGGGUACGUACCCUUGCCCUUGGGACCAGUCGUCUUAGGGUGUUGACGGACCGAGGUCGGGGGAGGUGAUGAUGCCGAGGUUGUUGAAAAAUGAUGGAAGUAAUGGGAAUGGCAGUGGGAGCCGGCUUAGAGGGCCGACGUUGAUUGAGCUGUUGGGAACCGGCCUUGAGGGUCCUGAUUCUACGGCUACCUCUUCGC